AUGCAGUUCUUCACCAUCGUCGCUCUCCUGGCGCCUCUGGCUCUGACAGAGACGACCUGGUUACUUACGGGCACGUGCCUGAGCGACAACACUUGCGGGAUCGACAGCAUAAACCACUCCAACACUACAGAUCUCUGCAACAACACGACUGGACGUUUCAAUGGCAAGGGUAACGAAGGAAAGACGAGCUGCACCCCUGCCAAUACCCCGUGCAGUUACGUCUGGACUUGCUAG